CCCAUGGAGAUAGUAGAGGGAAGCAACACAGGACCGCUGCUGGUCAGUGUGACCUGCACGCUGCUGGUCCUGUGUACUAUUUCUGUGGCCGCCCGUUGCUACAAUCAGAUCGUCCUGCUGAAGCGAUUUCAGAUUGAGGACUGGCUCGCCGUUGUGACAUGGUUUGUCUUUGCAAUCUUUACCGCAAUUUGCUGCGUUGGAGUUCACUAUGGCCUUGGCAGGCCCGUCGCCGAUGUUUCUCGGCCGAAUCGUAUCAAGGCCAUGUUCUUGAAGUACCUGGGCAUGACAACUUACGUGGCCGCGUCAGGACUCAUUAAGUUCGUGGUCGGACUUUACCUCGUCAAGCUCUUCUCGGCCUCACGCCAGAAGUGGCAAACCCGAUUCAUAUGGACGUUGCUCGUCGUUGUCGGCCUUGUCAACACGGCCUAUUUCUUUAUCAGCAUCUUUCAGUGCAAUCCCGUGGAGAGAUUUUGGAUGCAGAACGACCCGGACUGGCCCAAGCAAGGUCGCUGCCUCAAAACAUGGGCUGCGCUGUCGUCUACGUACACGGUCAACAUUGUCAACAUCAUUGCCGACGCCGCACUCGCCUUGUUACCGAUAUCCUUGGUCUGGAAUUCCAAGAUGGACAAGAGGACAAAGUGGUCCGUCGUCGCCAUUCUUUCGGUCGGAUCAGCGGCCUCGAUAUGCACCGUCGUCCGCGUCCCCUAUGUGUAUCAGCUGCUUGCCAACAAGGAGUACCUCGCCAACUUCAUCGAGCUGGGUGUCUGGAGUGCCGUCGAGAUCGGACUGGCCAUUAUUGCGUCUUCUGCCGCCACCCUCCGCCCCUUGUUCAGGAAAUUGAAGCUUCUGCAGACUACGGUGGUUCGCAGUCGUAACAAGUCUGGUCACUCGCGCUCUCGCAGCCUGCCAAUGUUCUCCAGGGAUAGGAAGAACAGCACGGGCAAUGCGCUGAGCGGGCAGGACGCACAAACCCCCAAGUCCACCGGUAGCAAGGGGCUCAGCUCUUUCGGGGGCAGUACGUACGGCACCGACACCAAGAUCUCUUUCAGCCAGGCUCUGGGUAAUAAGAAGUCUUACGCGACGCUCCAGGGCGACACCCUAAACGACCCCUCGGAUGACAUUGCCAGCGGCGACAACCUAAAACUCAACAGACGGUCCAGCCCCAUCCAUGUACGCACUACUAUUUCAGUCGACAUUGAGAAGGGCGAGGGUAGCGAAGGAACCUUCGUCUCGCCAGCAGUUCACCCUAGAUACCAUUCACCUUUGCAAUCUUCUGCCAACGAACACAGGCGGACAGAUAGCGAAGAGCGGUCUAUGUGGGGAAAGAGGGAGCAGCAGGCACAUCAAUUCCAUAUUCCACAGACCCACCAGCGGAGCAGGACCCGGGGCCACGAACUGGCAGAUCUCGAAGAGGUCAGUAUCGACGGCAGCCGCCCUCGCGAGAGGAUCGUUUCCCCCAGGACUCCGCGUUCGCCAUUCCCCAUGGUUUCUCCCACUUCAACAAUACGGUCGCCAACGUCGCCGCUGAUUGGCAACAUGCCUUCACCAUAUACUCCAUCCUUUGCGCCGCCAUCGAGCAUGGCCAACAACCACAGUAUUUCACCAUAUAGUCCAUCAUUUUCAUUUUCGCCUUCUCCCUUGUCACCCACAGUGGAUACUCAAGGGGAGCUGCAGCAACCGCAGCCAACACACCAGCCUACAUUAAAACCGCAAGGUAGCCUACUUCCUGUGCCUCUCGCACGUGAGGGCGAGAGGAGACUGAGCAGUCCAAUGUAG